UCUCUCCCCCGAAAACAAACCCUAACUUUCUCUCUCCUCGAUUCCGGCUGUCAAUGGUGUGAGAAUUAGGGCUAGAGGUGUGAGAUCGUGAAGGAUCUAUCUAGACGAUUAAACGCGAGUGCCCGAUAGUAUGGCCUCCAUCGACAAUGAGCUCGAGGCGCAGCUUCUCGAAGCUGGGAAUCAACUCCUCGAAUCGCCGUCCACCGUCGACGACCUCCUUCCUCUUCUCGACAGGAUCGAAAGCUGUCUAUCAAAGGUAGAACAAUCACCAAACAAGUCAAUGCAAGCCGCACUUGCACCGUCACAGAAGGCAUUGGUUACUGAACAACUUUUAAGGCAUUCAGAUCCUGAUGUCAAAGUUUCCGUUGCGUCUUGCAUCAGUGAGAUAACAAGAAUAACUGCGCCAGAUGCACCAUAUGAUGAUGACCAAAUGAAGGAGGUCUUUCAGCUUAUCGUGUCUUCAUUUGAAAAUCUAGACGACCAGUCCAGCCGAUCAUACACAAAGAGGGCAUCCAUUCUUGAAACUGUUGCAAAGGUCAGAUCCUGUGUGGUAAUGUUGGAUCUUGAAUGCGAUGCAUUGAUCGUUGAGAUGUUCCAGCAAUUUCUCAAGGCAAUAAGGGACUACCACCCAGAGAAUGUUUUUUCAUCGAUGGAGACAAUUAUGACCCUUGUCAUAGAAGAAAGUGAAGAUAUAUCUUCUGAACUUCUUUCUCCUUUGUUAGCUAGUGUGAAAAAUGAUGAUGAGGACGUUCUACCAAUUUCUCGAAAGUUGGGAGAAAGAGUAAUCGAAAGUUCUGCUAUUAAACUUAAGCCCCACUUGGCACACGAAGUAGAAACCCAUGGCAUUGCAUUAGGUGAUUACAGUAAAGUGGUAGCUUCUAUAUGCCAAGAGACAGAUGGUGACACUGAGAAGAAUGAAGUGCAUGAUGAUGAGGAUAUGGAGGACAAGUCAACAAUCCGGGAAUCUUCAGAGGAGGCAGUCCAGGAGGACAAGUCAACAAUCCAGGAAUCUUCGGAUGAGGCAGUUCAGGAAGAUAAAGAAAACUCCACCGCGGCAGUUUCUUCUGAACAAGUUGAUCCUGAAAUUGAUGGAUCCUCAAAGGUAGUUAUGAAUAAUGGUGGUGCAGCGAAUGGGGAAGAUGAAUCUUCGGCUGAUGUGAACUCUUUAAAGAAGCAAGAGCAGGUUGAAGAUACCGAGGAAGUAAAAGGUCCAACUACAUCAAGUGUUGCUGAACCUGAUAGUUUGGAGACUGAGAAGGCUGUUUACGCAAAACAAAUGCCAGAAGAAGUUAGUGAGGAUAAAGAUAAUUUGUCAACAGCACAACCUGCAGACAGUCCUCAAGCUGAUAAUGAGGAAGAAACCGUGGCACUUCCGGGCCAUAAAAGUGGCUCUGAAGAUGCUCGUGAUCCACCUCGUGAGGAUCCUGAUGUGGAGGGAGCUGUGCCUUCAGAAAGUGAGAAAGGGUCGGAUAUUAAUAUCUCCAGUGCAUUGGAGAAGGAAUCAACUGAUGUUGCUCCACCAUCCCCAAGUGGGAGCCUUCCUGAUGAAAGUCUUCCCAAAAAGGCUGGACGACAUAAGAAGAAAGAUACUUCUAAUAAAGAAGCUACACCUGUUGCUGAUGACAAAUCCAAAAAGGCAAUUGAUGGAACAAGUGAUUCAGAAUUAAAAUCAAGUAAGCGCUCUGGGAAAAAGGUCUCUGCUGGGGGUUCUAAUGAGAACAAAAGUCCCAUUGUGGUGGAUGCACCUGUAAAGGAAAGUGGCACCGCUAGUGAUUCAGAGGUAAAACAGAAGUCAUCUAAGAAGGUUUCUACUGGGAAUUCUAAGGAGAAUAAAACUUCAGUUGUGGUAGAUGAACCUAGAAAGGAAAGUAGCAGCACAACUGAUUCAGAGGCAAGACAUAAGUCAGCUAAGAAGGUUGAUGGAAGCAAUAAAACUAGUGAUGAGUCUUCUUUGAAGCAGCCAGAAGAUAAGAAAACGCGUGCGCGCAGUAAAGGUUCUUCAAGAAGAAGUUCAACAAAACCCUCACCCAUGGAAGUGGACAAGGAGAUACUGCUGACGCCCAAGUCAAAAUCAACCAAGGAUGAACUCCCAUUAGAGGAGACCCCUAAGACAAAUUCCAAGAGGAAGCGUCCUUCGGAAAAAGAAAAGCAAUCAGGUGUAAAAGAGUUUGAUGAGUCUGAGAUUAUUGGUUCAAAGAUAAAAGUUUGGUGGCCAGCGGAUCGAGCGUAUUACAAAGGUGUUGUCCAUUCAUAUGAAUCUGGUAAAAAGAAGCAUGUGGUGAAGUACAAUGAUGGAGAUGAAGAAAUUUUAAAUCUUAAAAAUGAGAAAUGGCUGUAUGCAGAAAGCGACUCUGAAUCAGAUGGGGAGCAGGAAGCUGAUGAGUCAAGUCACGAUGGCUCUUCUGAACAGUCCCUGAAGAAGAAAGUGAGAAAUAUUCGUGAUGGCUCAACUAAGAAAAAUACGGGUGGAGGAGCUUCCUCCAGCAAAUCAAAAGGCAGAAACACCAAGUCUGGUCGUAAACAAAGAGACAGCAGUAAACCUGAUGGGCGAUCCAAGGCUGUUGGCAAAGCAGAUGAUGACCGUGGUGGUAAAUCAAAGGAUCAAACUCCAAAAAGUGGUGGUAAAUCCGUGGAUGUUGCUCAGAAGGUAUCCAGCAAGUCAAAGAACAAUGAGUCACAGACACCUAAGAGUGGCAAAUCCAAGGAGGAUGAUAGCAGCACCCCAAGAGCUUCAACCAAGUCCAAGCAAGACACUCAAAAGGCUGGGAAGUCAAAUAAAGGCACACCAAAGACUAGCCCCACUACUCCCAAGGGUAAAUCCUCUAUGAGUAGUAGCAAAGCGAAUGGCAAGGUGAAAUCUGGUUCAAAGGCAAGAGGCAGCGAGGAUAUGGAGGAGGAUUCUACCGAUUCGGAAAAAGAACCAGAAAGGACCAAGGGGAAGUCAACAAUUUCAUCCAAGGCACAGGGAAGCCAGACCAAGUCUGGUAAAAAGCGAAGGAGAGGAACCAAAAGUUGAUGAUUGUCGUAUCUUUCAAUUAGGUUUCGCCAUCAUGUUUGGCAAGAUCCCGAGAUUUGUGGUUAGAAUUGGUACAUCCAGCGUUUGAUAUCUAGCAGAUGUCGGUUGUAGGAGUAAUCUAGCUUUAUUCAUAUUUAUGUUAUUAGAGUAAGAUUAUUGUUUAUUUUGGAGGCAACAGUAGAGAUGCUUGGGUUAGCUUUGUUGAUUUUAUAGAUAAUGUUGUUAGAUCUGCAGAUGUGCUGCCAGAGUACCAUAUUCUAAAUUAAAGACUUCUGUUCUUGCUCAGCAUUAUGCAGAGUGAGCUAGUUCUAGAUCUGCCAACUUGGUGCGUGUUUGUAGUUGUUUCU